AUGGCAUUUGAUGGGACUUGGAAGGUGGACCGCAAUGAGAACUAUGACCAGUUCAUGGAAAAAAUGGGCAUCAACAUGGUCAAAAGAAAGCUUGCAGCCCAUGACAACUUGAAGAUAACAAUUACCCAAACAGGAAAUAAGAUGACUGUCCAUGAAUCCAGCACAUUCCGAACUGUAGAUAUUGAGUUUGAGUUUGGAGUCAACUUUUCAUACAGCUUGGCUGAUGGAACAGAACUCAAUGGAUCUUGGAACUUGGAAGGAAACAAGCUUAUUGGCAAAUUCAAACGCGUGGAUAAUGGAAAUGAACUGAAUGCUGUCAGAGAAAUUGUUGGGGAUGAACUAGUUCAGACCUAUACAUACCAAGGUGUGGAAGCCAAGAGAAUCUUCAAAAGAGCUUGAAAGUCAUUCUGGCGAGCAUGAUCCAAAGCACUUCCAAAGUAGCUGGUUUUUGGUUUUAAUUUUUUUUUGCCCAUCAACUAUAAAAUUAUUGCUGGAUUCCCUUUCCUGUAUCCAUUGACUGUCCCCAUGAGAUGUUCAAUCUCACCAAAAGAAAAGAAGCAAAAGUCACUUUGUUUUGCAUACAUCUCUUACACUAUUAGAGUAUGCUAUUGUCACCAAGGAAACAUGUACCGUAUUUUUUAAAAAAGAAAAUAAAAGCGGCCAAAUUUC